ACAAAAUGCGCAAGUGGUUGCUGAUUGAACUCUAAUUUAUUCCUGCUUGCAGGGAAUCAGAACGAUGAAUAUCAAAAUCUACCUGUCCUCCAAACUGAUCGAGAGUUGUACGUUCUGCGAGCUGUACGGUUUGGUGGAAGAUUUGCGCGAUGAGAUACGGUUCACGGUGCUGGAUGAUCGGCCGCUACCGGCCUAUCAGGAGCCGAUCGGGAAAAUCUGUAGUGUCAGCGACUACGCGCAGUACCGGGCAGCCCAGAAUGACCGGUCGUUGCGGGAACAGAUGGCCAGGGAGGACAAUUUCUUGCGGCUAGUCAUUUCGAACAGCGGCCGCAUCAAGCAUGUGAUGGCCAAGGUGAAAGGCGUUACAAUCGAGUCACUUAACAAGCUGCUCAUCAUCUACGACGAUCGAGGCUUCGACAAUCUUGCCGAAAACGAUCUGCAUGCCACCGACUGUGAUAACGAUCUGCUGCACCUGGCACGCCUGAUAAAGGCCACUAAAGUGGAACCCGUUGGCAUUGGGGAGAAGCUGAGCGCUGUGGCCAACCAGCCCACCGUACGGUGGGUCGCCAAUCUGUUGGGACCUGCUGGCAGAGUCCUCGGGAUGGGCUUACGGCGAACGGCACUGUACUAUCAUUUCAACGAGUGGAGCGAAUGCGUACAGCAAAAGGGAGCCAAUGCGGUCAAGUGGACGCUCCUGACGGACAUCUGUCUCGGAGUGGCCGUUUUAAGUCUGAUCCUCUGUUUCGGUAACCCUGGGACGAGAUUUAUGGAGUUUGCAGAGAUUGUUGUGGACAAUUUGUUGCGGCUAUUGCAAACGUUGCGUGGCAAUCCGAUAGGAUUGAAGUUAAAUGGUUCGCUGAACGAGUUCUUCUUCAGCUGCUUCAGCUAUCAGGUGGAUCUCUGGUGGAUGUUCCUUAUAAUUCUUUCACCUGCGAUUCAGUUCCUCUUCGUACCGUUAUCCAUGCUUGGUCUACUAGGGCUCUCAUUCCAGGCAGCGAUGCUGUCGGAUCUGAUUGUACUGAUCAGUCUGCAUGCGCACUGUUUCUACAUUUAUGUGGCUGUUCUCUAUCGUAUCGAGGUUGGAGGGAUCGGGUCCCUCUAUAGAACGGUGCUGGGAAAGAAGCGUAACGUCCUACGUGAUCGUGUCGAGGCGCACGAUUACAUGAAUCGGCAACUUUUUCUUGCCACCCUGUCCUUCACCGUUUUGCUGUUUCUGCUGCCAACCAUCUUGUUCUACUACAUUGUGUUCGCUACGCUUCGAUUCGCCAUCUACUGUGUCUCGUACGGGUUGAUGACGCUCCGGCGCACCAUCUUAAGCUUUCCAUUUGACGCGAUGAUGCGGUGGUUGUGUGGAACCUACACCAAUCUGGACAGCCUAGAGCUGUACAAUAUCGGUGCGAUUGCGAAGGAAAACGUUACCAUCACGUACGUUGCUCCUCGAGCGGCCACCUUUUGGUUCCGUGAUACGAACAGCGAUUAUCCACGGUGGACCCCGAAACAUCGGGCCACCAUCACGAUCAGCCAGUUCUUCAUAAGCCUUAUCAAGGGUGAGCUGAUUGCAUUCAUACAGCCCGAUGAAUGGAAUGAACCGGUAGCGUCGGGUUCGUGUACCGAUUAGCCGAAAACAAUAAAAAACCCAUUUCCUGUGCCACAACUAGUGUGGAAAA